AUGGAUCCCCUCCAACCCAGCGACUCGGCCGCCAACCGCGGUCCGAGAGCGAACACUCGGAAGAGAUCGAGAGAGCCAGAUGACAUGUCCUCGCCGGCGGCACUGCCUCCCUCAAGUCCGGCCGCACUGGGCUCUUCCCCGCCGCCCAUCCCUUUCGACAUGGGCAACGACGACGACGAGGAGGAGACAGAGCUGGUGCAAGAUAUCGACGAUAUUGACGAGUUGGCCGAAGAUGAGGAUGGCAUUGACCUGUUCGGCGACAAUUUCGAGCGCGACUACCGGGCGGGAGAGGAAGAGCACUACCAGAACGCGGACUACAUUGACGACGAGGAGGAUUAUCAAGAACUCGAUGCGGCGACCCGUCGCCAGUUAGAUGCUCGACUGAAUAAGCGCGAUCGCGAAUUGGCCCGUCGACGCCGUAUGCCCGCCGCGUUCUUGCAGGAUGACGAUGACAUGGAGAUGGAUCUGUCUCGCCAGCCCCGGCGACGGAGGCACCACUAUGAUGAGGACGGUGAUGACAUGGAUAUGGCGGAUGAAGGCAUGGAGGAGCUGUCUCUCGAAGAAUUGGCAGACGUGAAAGCGGCCAACAUCACGGACUGGGUUACCCAGCCCCAGGUCCUCCGCUCCAUCUACCGCGAAUUCAAGGCUUUCCUGACCGAAUUUAUCGAUCCCACCGGUCAAUCAGUGUACGGUAACCGGAUCAAGACGCUUGGUGAAGUCAACUCGGCUUCUUUGGAGGUUUCCUAUGCCCACCUGAGCGAGACCAAGGCGGCGCUCUCGUACUUUCUCGCCAACGAACCCACUGAAGUGCUGAAGGUGUUUGACCAAGUCGCGCUGGAUGUCACUCUCUUCCACUACCCGCAGUACCACGACAUCCACAAUGAGAUCCACGUCCGCAUCACCGACGUCCCCAUCACCUACACUCUGCGCCAGCUGCGUCAAUCACACCUGAACUGCUUGGUUCGUGUCAACGGCGUGGUCACCCGACGAACCGGAGUAUUCCCCCAGCUGAAAUAUGUGAUGUUCCUUUGCCAAAAGUGUGGCAUCACGCUGGGUCCUUUCCAGCAAGAAGCUAGCACGGAAGUCAAGAUUUCCUUCUGUCAGAACUGUCAGGGCCGGGGUCCCUUCACGGUCAACUCGGAGAAGACAGUGUACCGCAACUACCAGAGAUUGACCCUCCAGGAGUCGCCUGGCUCAGUUCCAGCGGGUCGGCUACCACGACAGCGCGAAGUCGUCCUUCUUGCGGAUCUGAUUGACUCGGCCAAGCCUGGUGACGAAAUCGAGAUUACUGGCAUUUACCGCAACAGCUACGAUGCACAGUUAAACAACAAGAACGGAUUCCCCGUGUUUGCCACGAUCAUUGAAGCCAACCAUGUAGUGAAGUCGCACGACCAGCUGGCCGGUUUCAACAUGACCGAGGAGGACGAGCGCCAGAUUCGGGCCUUGUCUCGCGACCCUGAUAUUGUGGACAAGAUAAUUCGGUCCAUGGCGCCUAGUAUCUUUGGUCAUCUGGAUGUGAAGACUGCCGUGGCGCUGUCACUGUUUGGCGGUGUCAGCAAGCAGGCCCAAGGCAAGAUGUCAAUCCGUGGUGAUAUCAAUGUUCUAUUGCUGGGUGACCCCGGUACGGCCAAAUCCCAGGUGCUCAAAUACGUGGAGAAGACAGCACACCGAGCUGUGUUUGCGACGGGUCAGGGUGCCAGUGCCGUCGGUCUGACGGCCAGCGUCCGCCGCGACCCUCUUACCAGCGAGUGGACACUGGAAGGUGGUGCGCUUGUGUUGGCUGACCGCGGCACUUGUCUGAUUGACGAGUUCGACAAGAUGAACGACCAGGAUCGAACCUCGAUCCACGAAGCCAUGGAACAGCAGACCAUUUCCAUCUCCAAAGCAGGCAUCGUCACAACACUGCAGGCGCGUUGUGCUGUCGUGGCUGCCGCUAACCCUCGAAGCGGCCGGUACAAUAGCGCAACGACUUUCUCCGACAAUGUCGACCUCACGGAACCCAUCCUGUCUCGUUUCGACAUCCUCUGUGUGGUGCGUGAUCUCGUUGAGCCGAGCGAGGAUGAGCGUCUGGCCAAUUUCGUGGUCGAGUCCCAUCACCGCGCUAACCCAGUCCGCCCGCUCAAGGACAAGGAUGGCAAUCUCGUCGACACAGACGGCAACCGCGUUGAUAUUGAGGGUUAUCGCAUUGACAAGGACGGCAACCGUCUCCCGCCAACACCGGAGGAGGCUGCCAAACGCGCAGCAGAGCAGGCCAAGGCAGAUGAGGAGAAGGAGGGCGAAAUACCGCAAGAGCUUCUGCGAAAGUACAUUCUCUACGCUCGGGAGCACUGCCAUCCGAAACUGUACCAGAUCGACCAGGAUAAGGUUGCCCGUCUGUUCGCGGAUAUGCGGCGCGAGUCUCUGGCAACGGGUGCCUACCCUAUCACUGUCCGUCACCUUGAAGCCAUCAUGCGUAUCGCCGAGUCCUUCUGCAAGAUGCGUCUAUCGGAGUACUGUUCUGCUCAGGACAUCGACCGCGCCAUCGCCGUAACGGUUGACUCGUUCAUUGACAGCCAGAAAGUCAGCGCGAAGAGGGCCCUCGCACGAACAUUUGCCAAGUACAUCUCUCCGCUCUUGAAUCACAUCCAAAUACUGACCUUGUUGUUUUAA